CCAGUUGCCGCGCGAUUAUCCUUGUGCGUUCCUUUCGUGUUCGUUUCACUCUCUUGUUUGUUGUAGUUUAUAAACUUUUCCCUUCAUCACUAUUUAUUCGCGUAAUGACCUACCUUCUCUAAAAUCUUUCAUUCUAAUGACUCCGCUUUGAAAAUAUCAAUUCUCUUAUCCUUUUUGUCACGAAGGACAAACACAUAAGUUACCCGGGAACGCAUGACGCUUUAUUUUAGUUGAGAAUAGAAAGAUCACAUCUCUCAGCGUUCGGACCGUAUGAGUGCAGUGGUAUUAGAAAUGGAGCCAGCCGCCACACCGCCAAGUUCCACAUGUGAGUUUUCAAGUCGCCUUUUGACCAAACGCCGUUGCCCUUUUGGUGAGAGCCCCCAACAAAAUGUCAAAAUAGCAGCAACAGCAAGGGAGGAGAACCAAGGACCAGCCAGGGGUCUUAAAAGCUUCUUUGGUAAUAGUGGAUUCUCAUCAGGAUUUUCAGCUUUCCAUAUCAUGAUGAACAGCCAGAAAGCCAACUCAAGCAUUUCCACAGCCUCUUAUGCAACCAACAGCACUAGCAAGUGUUGGGUAUGUCAGCAUGCUAAGGAGACGCUGCCCUGUGCAUUCUGUGAACAUGGAGCAUGUGAAAUGUGUGUGCGUCAGUGCAGCAAGUGUUUUGGAGUCUUCUGUUCGUUUUGCUCUACUAUUAUUUAUGAUCACUGUGAGGAUAGCGCUUUGUGUCUAACAUGCCACGCAGAGGAGUUCAGAAAGAUUAAAAACAGCGAUACAAUCACUCAAACGCAGUGGAGGAAAACAGGUGAACAAUUCCCACAAAUAAUAACAUAGAAGACAAGUUCAGGCAGCAGUUAUGAAGGACAUUUACCAUUGUUAUUUUAUAUUGGUGCGUUUUUUGUAUAUAGAUUUCCCUCUUGGAACCUUUUGCAGCAUAAAAGAGGAAGUCUUGUGUAGUAGCAUGUUGUAAGAGUUUUUUUUUAAACUUGGUCUGCAUUUUGGUUCUAGCUGAAUUUUGAAAUGGCCUGCUCAUUAUUUUAUGUACUCUAAAAGUCAAUAAAAAUGUGUUUAAAAA